AUGUACUCCCUCUUGACGGGUCUGUACAGAGACUACAGCAGCGUCCAGACGCGUUGCGUCUUGCUUCUAGGUCCAUCUCAAUCCGGCAAGACUGUGCUAUUGACGCGUAUCAAGGCCUACUCGCAAGCUGAACGAGCGGGAAGCAUUAAAGCAGAGCAUAGCAAGAGGCUGGAAGAAGAGGACGUGUAUGAGCGCUUAAAGAGGAAUGAUGAGCUCAACAGCGGUGUCAAGGUCAGAGGCAUCGCACCCACCGUGGGUCAGAACGGUGAGUAGCGCCAGUCUGGCAGGCAGACUGUGUGUGCAUGCUGGAAUGCUCAGCCGCGCACUCCAUCCAUCCAUCCAUCCAUCCAUCCAUCCAUCUCCCCUCGCCAAUCCUCACUUGUCGUAGUGCACACCUUCCAACCGGCCUCUUCGCGCAUACAAUUGCGUUUCUGGGAUCUAGGCGGCUCUAAAGCUCUUCGAGCCAUCUGGCCACGCUACUUCAAAGAGACGCACGUGAUCGUAUGGAAUGUGGACAUUGCGUAUUGGAUAGACUCUAGCGAUGCGGGCGAGGUGUUUGGCGAGUCGCAGUCGAGGCUAGAGGAGGCAGAGCCAAGUGCGGAAAAGGUUCGGAAGGUGCAGGAGAAGGAGCAAGAGCGAGAAAGGGAAGAUGAAGAGAAGGAAGAGGGCAAAAGAGACGCAAAGCAGGCUCUCGGUCAGUUCUCUGCCUUGGGCUUGGAUUAUUCCACUGUACUGCACUGCACUGCACUGCACUGCACGCAUCUCUUGCGCUUCUCAGCUGACCCUUGUCAUUUGGUACGUGCGCCUCAUACGCACCUUGCUGCAGAACCAAUCUUGCGCGACGCAUCCCUGCGAUCCGUCCCUCUGGUGCUCUACAUCACGGACCUUGGUCUUUUUCGUCGUCUCUCCUUAGCUGUUCUCGAAGCUCUACAAGAUUCCUCCUCCUCCACCAGCAACACGCCGCUCAAACAGCAAGCGGCACUGUGCAGAGUGGAAAGGUUGGCAGAGGAUGCGUUAGGUAGAUGCAAGGAUGAUCUGGUCAGCUGCAUCGUUGCGCUGGGUAAAGAGAUCAAGGUUCUUUGCGGAUGGAAAGAAGGGUGA